AUGAAGAUUGCCGCCUCGACCGUUCUUCUCGGGGCUGCCUCGGCAGCUUCGUUUCAACAACACGCCCAGCAUGUGCUCAGCAACGGCCUGAAUAAGGUCCAGGAGGCUGCCAAACCUAUUUCGGAUGCUUUCGUUGAUGCCACUUCUAUUCCCGUUGAGAAGCUCGAGGACCUGUUCGGCAGUGCGUCCGCCGAGGCUAAGGCUCUCUGGGAGGAGAUCAAGCUCCUUGUCCCUGAGUCUGCCUUCCAGCAAGGCAGCUGGUUCAGCAAGCCCAAGCCGCAUCGUCGUCGCGAUGACUGGGACCAUAUCGUGAGGGGCGCCGAUGUCCAGAAGCUGUGGGUUCAGGAUGCCGACGGCGAGAGCCAUCGCCAGGUUGACGGCCGGCUCGAGAACUUCAAUCUCCGUGUGAAGGCCGUCAAUCCAUCUAAGCUUGGUAUCGACACGGUCAAACAGUACAGUGGAUAUCUGGAUGACGAAGCCAACGAUAAGCACCUCUUCUACUGGUUCUUUGAGUCUCGCAAUGACCCCAAGAAUGACCCUGUCGUACUCUGGCUCAAUGGUGGUCCCGGGUGCUCGUCACUGACGGGCCUGUUCCUUGAACUUGGGCCUUCCUCCAUUGACAAAAAACUCAAGCCUGUCUACAACGAAUUCAGCUGGAACAACAACGCCAGCGUCAUCUUCCUCGACCAGCCCGUCAAUGUUGGCUAUUCAUACUCCGGGUCAUCUGUGAGCAACACCGUUGCUGCUGCCAAGGAUGUGUAUGCUCUCUUGACCUUGUUCUUCCACCAAUUCCCAGAGUAUGCCACGCAAGACUUCCACAUUGCAGGCGAAUCGUACGCUGGCCACUACAUCCCGGUCUUCGCUUCCGAGAUUCUGUCUCACAAGAACCGCAAUAUCAACCUCAAGUCUAUCCUGAUUGGCAACGGCUUGACCGAUGGGCUUACUCAGUAUGCUUACUAUCGCCCAAUGGCUUGCGGUGAUGGCGGCUAUCCUGCUGUCCUUAGCGAGAGCGAGUGCCGCAGCAUGGACAAUGCCCUGCCGAGGUGCCAGGCUCUCAUCAAGAGCUGCUAUGAGAGUGGGAGCGUCUGGACUUGCGUCCCUGCUUCCAUUUACUGCAACAAUGCCUUGAUCGGCCCCUACCAGCGCACUGGCCGCAAUGUCUACGAUAUCCGCGGCAACUGUGAGGAUAGCGGAAACCUGUGCUACUCCGCCCUUGGCUGGAUCAGUGACUACCUGAACCAAAAGUCUGUCAUGCAGGCUCUUGGUGUUGAGGUCGACGGCUACGAUAGCUGCAACUUUGACAUCAACCGCAACUUCCUGUUUGCCGGUGACUGGAUGCAGCCGUAUCAUCGAUUGGUGCCCAAUAUCCUCAAGGAGAUCCCUGUGCUGAUCUAUGCUGGUGAUGCUGACUACAUCUGCAACUGGCUGGGCAACAAGGCUUGGACCGAAGCCCUUGAUUGGUCAGGUAAGAAAAGCUUCAACGAGGCCGAGCUCGAGGAUCUCAAGCUUCCUGGCGCCAACGAGGCCUAUGGCAAGGUCAAGGCUUCGGGCAACUUCACCUUCAUGCGCAUCUACCAGGCCGGCCACAUGACGCCCAUGGACCAGCCUGAGGCCUCGCUCGACUUCCUCAACCGCUGGCUGGGCGGCGAGUGGUUUGCCAAGUAA